AUGAGAAACAUUCAACUUUUAAGAGAAAUCCAGACUUCGAACGUAGCGAAACAUGUUAGCGCAUCUUUUAAAAUCCCUAAAAAGUUAAUUAAUUCUAAAUCAAUAGCGAAAGUGAACAAUUUAGAUUUGAUGGGGUUCAGUUUAGAAAAAUGGAGCAAUAAGAAACAUUAUUCCACGGAAACGAUUUCCUCGAAAAUGAAAAAGGAAAAUAUAUCGCUCAACAAAUGGAAUAUUUCAUUCGAAGCAAUGCGUUUAGACCAUUUCGGUUUAAAUCGACGCAUCCCAGAAUCAAACAAUAGCAUAAAGAAAAAUAACUGCAUAAAAUAUAACAAGGAUACGAUUAAAACAAAAAAUUUAAAAACAUAUUCAAGUAAACAUCUGACAAAGUUGACUAAGAAAAAUGCAUUAACUUUAUACAAUAUCAACUCGUUUCCCAGCAAUGCGGAGGACAUGCACAAAAUUCGCUUUUUAAAGUUGGUUGAAAAUUUGAAAUCUACAGAAAAAAUUAAUAAAGACAAGAAUGUCUUAAAAGAACAAGUUCAAUUUAAACAACUUGUCAAAAAAAAGAUUAAAAAUAUGAGAACAUAUCCGUCGGAGCAAACUAACGUUGACAAUGAUACUGAAAUCACCUGUCCAAACUGUGAUUCAAAAAUGAAAAUUGUGCCGUUCAAAAAACACAAGGUAGAAAAUAUUGAUAUUGAUCACAUCAGAGAGUCGAAAAACGAUUUAAACUUGGUACAUCAGAAAAAUGAAAACCAAAACAAUGAGGGCAUGAGUGUGUUAAAUCGCAAUUUUAAUGGCGCAGAACGUGUUAAUCAAAAGUAUGUCGAUUUUGUCAUCGAAGGAUAUAACAGUUAUGAAGAUGCACAACCUUUCGUUUCUCUUCCGGUGUUUACCAAAAACAGUGCCGAAAAUAUUCAUGAUACGCAAAAUGAGCACGAAAUUGCAAAUUCCAAAGAUUUUUUGUGCAGUACGAACAAAAUUUUACAAUCGGAAAAAGAUUCCCAAGUUGACAACUUUUCAAACAAUGAAAUUAGUGAAUUUUCCGAAAACAAAACAUUUUCGGACGAUCAGCAACGCUUUUGUGGCAAUAUCGAUGAUAAUGAUGAUAUCUGUGAGUUUACGGAAAAGAAAACAUUACCGUCCAAUCAGCAAUUAGAAAACAUUGAUACUAAUUGUGAGUUAUCAGUAAAUGGAACAUUUUCCACAGAUAAGCAGUUUGUAAGUACUAAUAUUGAUAUUGAAAAAGAUGAAUCAUCGGAACAACUUGAAUGUUGCAACCUUGAAAAUGAACUGCUUGAACCAUCUGAAAAAAAUAAUAUUUUUGAAGUACAUAAGUGUGAUUGCCACACACCAUUAAAAAGCAAUAACGCUGGCGAUGCCAAAGAAGUUUCAACCACACAAGCAACAGAAAUUUCAAGAAAAAAGUGGUCCAAAGGCUCAAAACUUGAUGCACAUAUUAUUUCUGAAAAUCGCUUCAAUAAAAUAAAUUUUGGCACAAAAAUUCAGUUAAAUUUGAAGAAAAAUUGUAUUACAGAUAAACAAGAAUUGGAUUCAGAAAAUGUUAAAAUUCGUCUGUCAGAUUUUAAAGAAUAA